ACCUUGCACACACGCACACACAGCUGGAAGAAGUAGAUAAACAUUCGCAACACUCCACACCGAAGGAAAAACUGUAAAUAGCGGAACAGUAAACCCCAUUUACGUACUCGCGUUCCAGAAAAAUCUUUUGCAUCGAGUGAAAACAUUUUCCAACACCUCACACAAUCGUUUCACCGUUCUAAAUGGGUGAUAAGAUACCAGCACCAGCACAGGACACUUCCAAAAGCGAUGACGAGCAGUUCGAGGAUGCCCAGUGUAAGGAAGAGUUCAAUGAACGGGCGGUCGAUGAAGUUAUCGAAAAGGUGACCGGAUUGUCCACCCGGAAACCACCCGAUACCGAGACGGACGUGUUUGUCGAUUGUGUUACACAUACCGGGGUGGAUCCCGGAACGAACAAGGCAGCGGAUGACGGUGGUGAGUCAGCGCAGCAAAACAGUGGCAGUGAUGAUGCAGUAGAGCCAGCGUUCGAGGACGAUCUAGUCGAUGAAGACUCUCAGCGAGACUACGAGUGUGGCCUGUCGGAGGAGGAAAAGGCAGCGAACAAAACCAAAGCGGAUGAGCUGAAGCAGCAGGGAAACGAGCUGUUUAAGCAGGGCGAGCACUUGAAAUCGUUGGACCUGUACACGCAAGCCCUUCGAUUGUGUCCGCUGGACCGUGUGGAACCGCGAGCCAUACUGUACGCGAAUCGUGCCGCGGCCAAAACGAAGCUGGACCGCAAACGUUCCGCACUGGACGAUUGCACCAAAGCGCUAGAGUACAAUCCAAACUACGUGAAAGCGUUGCUAAGACGUGCUAAUCUGUACGAAGAGACUGACAAGCUGGACGAAAGUUUAGAAGACUAUCGGAAGGUCCUGGAGCUGGAACCGGCAAACAGUGAGGCACGGUCCGCCACGGUCCGAUUGCCUCCCAAGAUAGCGGAACGAAACGAACGGCUAAAGGAGGAAAUGAUGGGCAAGCUGAAGGACCUGGGCAACAUGAUACUGCGCCCGUUCGGUCUUUCGACGCAAAACUUUGAAAUGAAGCAAGAUCCUCAGACCGGUUCGUAUUCGAUCAACUUUAACCAGGGCGCUAAACAAUGACGUGACGAUUUUGCCGGGCGGAAGUUUGAGCGAAGGUUCGGAUGAUUUGGCGGUGUUUUUGAAGAUAUGCUGUAAAUAAUCCUCUACUGGCGCGCGCGCGCGCGCAUGAGGUUAAAAACACACGACAACUUUUCUCUGUGAGUCUAUUUUACAUUAACUUCAUUUUAUGAGGGUCAAUAAAUAAAGCUAACAUAAAAAAGGCGAUGAAUGCAUCACUGUACGGAACAG